AUGGCUGUACCUCUGGACUACGUCUCAGAGGGUCCGGAUGGGCGGCACAGUCUCCAAGCAGCAAGUACGGCAGCUGAGCCUCCUAGAACACCACUCGCACAAACUUCUCGAGCAGUACCACACGGAUAUGUGGUCACAAACCCGGGGGAUGCGGAGGCUGUCGUGUCAUCAAUUGGUGCGCCGUCGGUUCUGAAGUCGCAAAUUCUGGCUGGAGGACGCGGCAAGGGAAAGAUGAGCAGUGACGGCAAAGGAGGAAUUCGAAUCGUAGCAACACCAGAACAGGCGUUCCAGAAUGCGUCCAGAAUGCUUGGUCAUUACCUGACUACACAGCAGACGCCACCAAGUGGUCUGCUCGUCAGGAAAUUGUAUAUCUACAAAGCAGUCGACGUCGAACAAGAGUUUUAUCUUUCACUGACGUUCGAUCGCGAACGAUACAGCCCGGUUAUCCUCAUCUCUGAUCAGGGUGGUGUGAACAUCGAGUCCAACCAGGACAAGCUGCACAAGUUCUGGUUUAACCUUUCCCGGGGCAUCACUGCCGAAACCAUGGUCGGGAUUCAGAAGCAGUUGUGCUUCACAGACGAAGAAAUGCCGACCAUCGAAUCGAUAAUCAGACAGAUGAUCAAGCUUUUUGAGGAAAAGGAUGCCAUUCUUCUGGAAUUGAACCCGCUUGUGCGGACUCCUGAGGGAAGCUUUGUCUGUCUUGAUGCCAAGUUUGAUUUUGAUAACGCCGCCCAGUUCCGUCAACCUGAGAUCUUCAGUAAAGAAGAACGCAUGCCGGGCUUUGAAGACGAAUACGAGGCUCAAAAGCAUGGUCUAGUAUAUAUCCACCUCAACGGCCACAUUGGAAAUAUCGUCAAUGGCGCCGGACUGGCAAUGGCAACGAACGAUCUGAUCAAUCUACAUGGCGGAAAAUGUGCCAACUUCCUCGACAUAGGAGGCAAAGCAACCACGGAGACACUGCUGAAGGCUUUUGAGAUUUUGAGCCGGGAUCAACAAGUUCGGGGGAUUUUCGUCAACAUCUUUGGAGGCAUUGUUCGUUGUGACAUGAUCGCCGAGUCCAUUAUCCAAGCAGCACACGCACUAGGAGGGUUCAGGGUUCCUGUAGUAGUCCGAUUGCAAGGCACUAACUGUGAUGCGGCCAUGAAAAUGCUCUCAUCAUCGGAGUUGGACAUCAGCACGGACACCGACCUUGAGAAGGCAGCUAAAAGAAUAAUUGGGCUUACAUGGAGUUAAAACUGGUGGUAGGAUUGCGAGCAGUCUGUCUUUGGUGCUUGAAAAGGGAUCCUGCCUAUAAAAACGAACAAAUAUUAUGUAUUAUAUCGACAGAUAGCAGUAUGUACUGGCAAAUUCAGG